AUGGGGACAGGUUCAAAGCGCUUAAUGAUUUGGGACAGUUAUAACUAUACGGCUCCUGGUUUGACGGUUUAUUAUCUUCUUGCUCUCCUACUUGCCAUCUAUCACCGGCUCCCUCGGACGUUGCCAUGUGAAGAUGUUUUAGAGAAGUUACAGAUCGUAGUAUGCUGCCUGUUCUCGUGCGCCCUCGCCGGCGUGGCCCGUGAGAAGCGCGGCUUCCUGAGCGGCCUCCACUCCUCGGACGUGUACAGCGGCUACUCCGCUCCCAUCAUCAGCCUCUCGGAGCCCGUCCUCGGCUACUCCGCGCCCGCUGCCAAACUCGUCCGCGUCAACAAAGUGGUCAACUCUCACCGCGUCGUGGACGUGCCUCAAGUAGUGAACGUGCGCAAGGUGGUGUCCGUGCCUCAAGUGGUGUCCGUCAACAAGCUGGUGGCCGCUCCCAGCUACAGCUCCUACGGCGGCGGACUGGGACUGGCUUCAGGCUGGGACAACUCAUACUCUAGCGGAUGGUGA